CGCAUGGUUGGUCUGGCACAGCUGAGCUGGUCUGUAUGAAGUGCAUUGCUGCAUCCUCAAAGGAGCGACCACAAUGGUAGACGGCUGCCUGAUUAGCAGAGCCCGCUCCUCUCCUAGCGUCUGAUUGGUCAAGGUUUUCUGAUCUCCUAACUCCUCCCAUUUCUUCCCUGCUUUGAAGUCUGGAGCUUAACUAGACCCUGGGAUCAGUAGAAGGCCUUUUAAUAAAUGCGUCUUCAGCUUGAGCUUACAAGCAGAACCCACUUACUCUCGCUAGACAGGAAGUGACAAAACAGGGCGAUGGAAAGUUCAGCGGCAGAGUCCCGAGCUGAGAGGAUUGCUCGCUACAAAGCCGAAAGGAGGCGAGAGCUGGCAGAGCGCUAUGGAAACAGGGAGGAGGAGCUUCCAUCUAAAUGGUCAAAGAGAGAAGGCCAUGGUGCACACCGUGACUCCACCCACUCUGACAGGAGCCAAUCACGUGGAGUUAACACAGAUGUGAUGGCAUGUGGCAAAGCUCCAGUUGAGGAAGAGCUUAAAAUCUCAAAUGGAUACAACAAGGAUGCUAAACCAGAGAAGACCAACCUGAACAGGCAGAAUGUGUUGGGUUCAUCCAACAUGCUGGCUACGGAAAUUCGUCCUGGCCCCGACAUGCCACAGCUUCACACUCGCGUAUCAGUGGGUGAACUGAAAAAGGCCCUGCUGCAGCAAAGCUCAAGCUCAGCUGCCUCUCAUAAAGUUGCUGAAAGUGGCGGCUCUGACACAGUCCCAGACCCAUCAGUGAAAGCAGGACCUGAUGGCGGUCGUCGUCGUACUCGGCGCUACAUACCAGCAGGGGCUGCCGAGAGCCGGAAAACCAGCGAGCGUUUCCGAACACAGCCGAUCACAGCAUCUGAGAUGCAGGAGAGCUGCGGAAACAUGGACAACACAGAUGAAGAAAACUCAGCAGAUGUGAAGAUGGAUGAGCGAGCCAUGAUGAGUGUUGCUGCAAAGAUGUCUCUGUUUAAAGAGAUGGAGAAGAUGGCAGCUCCUGAGGCUUCCUCUUUCCUGAGGCCUCGUUCCAGCGGCAGCUUCAAGGAGUCUCGGGUUCACAGAGCUCUCACUCAGCCAAUCUGCUCUGAGGAAAUGAGAGCCACAGACAGCUCUCGCAUUGCUGUGACAGGUGAUGUCCAGAUGGAACAGGCGGGGGCGGAGCAGGACGACGCCAGCUCCAAGCUCUCUCUGAGUGAGAAACUGGCACUCUUUAAUAAACUCUCUCAGCCACUCAUGCCUAAAGCUCCAGGAGGUCCUAGAGGGCCAGGAGGGAACAAUGGUUUUGUCGAUGCCGCUGAGAGGCGCAGGCAGAAGGGAGCGCGUUACCGCACACAGCCAAUCACUGCAGAUGAAGUCAACCUGGUGCAGAAAGGCCCUGUCCUGCUACCUUCUCUGCAUCUGCCCUCUGAUCGGCAACAGGCUGGCUCGCUUAACCUCAAACCCAGCGACGUGCAUCUCUCCAGCUCGCAGUCCAGCCCAACUGACGAUCGCAAACCAAAGGCUGCUGUGCAGGUUAAGGGCAUCCUGAAGAAGACCAGCACUGAAGACGGUGACCUUAAUGGAGGGGCCAAGUCCAACAGCAUCCCUGCUGGACAAACGCUGGUGCAGAAUGGACAGUGGCGCGAAAAGAUUGCGCUUGUUACAGCAGGAGAAUAUUCCCCAGCUCCACGUUCUACUGCCCCCUGGAGGCAAAGAGUGAAGAAGGAUGCUACCGCGUCCUCUCAGAGAUCUCCCAGGCCUGCCUCCAUCGCUGAGGAAUGCCAGUCAACGUUGAGCACGAGAGACGGGUUGUCUGACGUUCAGGGAGGUGCAGAAGAAAAUGAGCAGAGGAACGGGAUGAUGUGCAGCACGUCACCCUGCCAGGAUGAGAGCAACAUUGUACGCGAGCCUCCAGCUCAGUGUUGGGAGCCUGUCUAUUCCUCUGUUUACUCUCUUCCUAGCACUCCCUCUCAGUACAAGGUGUUUUUCAAUGAGAGAAGUCUGUCGUACGAAGCUCAGGAGGUUUGCUCACCCACCCAGACACAACCACAGGCAUGCUGUAGAGAUGAGGAGAACUCUGUGGAAUUUGAGGCUCCAGUGCAGAAGGAGACUGAGAUGCAAUCAAAGAGUUUUGACGAACCACAGGAACCCCAGCAGCCCGUUGCCAUGGAGAGAGCCAAAGAGGUCACGACCUCUGACGCCCCCUCAUUCCCUGAGUGUCAGAGCGGACCAGGAGACACAGAGCAGGACCUGAGCGCUGUCUGCCAGUUGAACACUUCCAUAUUGAGUUCUGCAGUAACGGAGCAUCGUCGCUUGGUUCGGCCAUCCCGCCGUACUCGGGGUUCGAGGAAUCCGUUACGUGCUCUUGCAGCCCGAAACGACGUCAUGCAGGACUUCAUGCAGGCCCAAAAUGACCCUGUGGCCAUGGAAACCAAUAAUGUUGAAAAGAACCACGGCUGUACUAACACUUCAUCCGCCAAGACUGCCCCAAACACUGUACCCUACAGCAGCCUGAUGCUGAUCCUUGUAAAAGGAUGCAGACAAGUGCAGGUACGUCUGGUGGAGCCGGUGGCUCGCUCGCUCAACAGCGGGGACUGUUUCCUGCUGGUCACCCCAUCGCUGUGCUUCCUCUGGACGGGGCAGCUGUCCAAUACCUGUGAAAGAGAGAAGGCCUCUGCCCUGGCCUCAGUGGUCGUGUCCCAGCGGGAUCUGGGUUGCCAUGCACCGGUGUUCAUUCACCUGGAUGAAGGAUUAAACACGGACGACCCCCAAGCCGCAGACUUUUGGAAACUUUUGGGAGGAAAAACGUCUUACAGUGGCUGUUCUGAUGAUCAGCAAUAUGAAACGGCAAUUACCGAAUCCAACUGCGUGUACAGGCUACAGGGAGACAGACUCCUCCCGCAUGAGCAGGGCUGGGCUUCAAUGCCACGCCGCUCUCUGCUGGACUCCUCCCAGAGCCUGCUGUUUGACUUUGGCAGUGAGCUCUACCUGUGGCACGGGAAAGACGCUUCUCCCAGUAACAGGAAGCUGGCACUGUAUUUGGCUCAGCAGGUAUGGAGCGGAGAUUAUGACUACAGCAACUGCAGGAUGAACCCCCUCGAUCCCUUCGGGAGCAACCCCCAGAUUCAGAGGAAGGGUGUGGGUCGGCCAGGCUGGGCUCUGUUUGGCCGUGUGUUCGAGCAGAACGAGACCGUUCUCUUCAGGAUGAAGUUUGUGGAUUGGUGUAAAAAGAUGGAGGAUGCGACUCUUAAUGGCCAGGAAGUCAAGCAGACUUCUUUUCUUGUUGACCGUCCAGCUGAUACCUGGUCAUGUGAUGCCAAAGCCCUGUUUGCUGGAAAGUGUGUGUCAGGGGCGGAGCCUAUCAUUCUACAUGGUGUGAACAUGCAGAGAGGCUGGGACCUGGUCACCCUUGACGAUGGCCAGCAGGCGGAGCUCAACACAGUUUCUGUAGAAAGUUGGCACACUGGCAUGGGAGAAGAUUGCAGAGUGGCUGCAGAAAGCAUGGGGCAGUUACAUGAGGACAACACGUACGCUAUACGCUGGACGUACCGUCUCAGUCCUACAGGCAUCCCUGAGAAUGAAAGUUUGGACCAGGAAAGCUCUGCCCUUUUCAUCUGGCAAGGACGGCACUCAAAGAUCAGUGGACCAGACCUGUCCCUACCGUUAUCCUUUACCAGUGAGCCUCGGGUUAAUGUAAAGGAAGGGGAGGAGCCACCGUGUUUUCUGCAGCUUUUCCAAGGAGGGCUGGUCGUUCACAGAGGACACAGUAAACACACAGGUGACUGGCGGCUCUUUUGUGCGAGCGGUGCUGUGCCGUUAGAGGCCAGUCUUUUGGAGGUGGAGUGCUGUACCUCCAGCCUGCGCUCUCGUGGUUCUGUGCUUCUGAUAAACAUCCAGCAGGCAAUGCUUUACCUGUGGCACGGCUGCAAGGCCCACGCUGGUGCACGUCAAGUUGCCAAACACACAGUCCAGCAGCUCUUGCACACGUGUCCUCCUGAGAUGGGAUUGAGCAACAGCAAUCUGAACAUUCAGGAAGUAGAAGAAGGGGCGGAGCCUGCAGAAUUCUGGAAUGCUAUUGGACCACAGGAUAGGAAGGCUUACGACUGCAUGCUGCAAGAUCCUGGCAAGUACAACUUCACUCCCCGCCUCUUUCACCUGAGUGCCCAAUCGGGAACAUUCAAAGGGGAGGAGCUGUUAUGUGCAUCCCGGGCAACUGGGGUCAUCACAGCACUUCCUUUUUUUCAGGACUGCUUAUACUCCGUGCCACAGCCAGCUUUAUUCCUGCUGGAUAACUUGUUGGAAGUUUAUCUAUGGCAGAGCAGCUCGGCUCAGAACCCACAGCGCCCCCACUGGGACACGGAGAGGAAAUGUGCCAUGGAGACAGUGCUUCAGUACUGCAAAGAGAGAAACCCCAGACGGCCUCCUUUUGCUUAUUUUCUCGAGGAAGGAGCCGAGCCUCUCACCUUCACUAAUGUUUUCCCGUUCUGGGAGAGAAGAGUAACACAGGCACCAUCAGUGCAGAAGAAGCUAAUGUUAGUGCAGGACAUGUUGGCGGUCCUCAACGGGAGACAGUUCUCUGCACAGGAUCUACUAAAGAGACCUUUACCAGUCGGGGUGAACCCUCUGCACCUGGAGACUUAUCUGUCUGACCAUGACUUCCAGGUGGUUUUAGGAAUGAAGAGGAAAGACUAUAACUCCUUGCCAGAGCUGCAGCAGUUAAACCUGAAAAAGAGCAAAGGCCUGUACUGAAGCUGCAUUUGAAACACUACUGACCCUGAACUACUGAAGCAGUUUACGUUUCUGUUAAAAAAAAAAAAAAAAAACUGUUUUUGAAAUUAUUCUAUUUUCUUGUAAUGUCACCCCCUUUCCCAUGUACAGUUUAAAACCUAAUGACUGUAUGUGCGCGUGUGUGUUUUUGUUUUUUUUCUCUUGAGUGUAGUCACUUUAGUACCUUACAGAAAUUCUUCACCGAUUUAAGCCAAAAGUCCAGGUGGCUGAGGAAGCUGCCUGCCUGUCUACACACUCACUCAACGGGUUUCAGGUUCAUCUCUCUUACCAGCCAAAGCUGUUCUGUUUGUCUUUCCCUUUCUCCACGGUUUCCAUCUUUCUCAUCUCCAUCACUAAACCUUUUGUUCCAAACCUGGGGGGUGGAAAUAUGAAUUUAAAAAUGAAGAAAAAAGAAAUCAAUCACAAGUUGUUUCACUGACCCUGGAAUUGCAUCUGGUAUCUCUUAUCAGCUAGAA